ACAAACCGUCCGUUCGUUUUUAGUAAACUUUGUACGGGAUCACCUUAAUAACUCUAUUGUGCUCCUGACGACACACACACACAUCGUCGCUGCCAUGAAGUCACAGGUGAUGACCAACCCGGAGGAAAUUGCCAGACUCUACAGAGAACUCAGUCUCUUCCCUUCUUUGAGCAGAGCAGACGUGGGACCUGUCGUCACCUCUCAGUAUGGAGGCAAAUACAGCAACAUCUACACAGAAUGGAGCCAGCGUGAUCUGGACAGGAAUGAAAACGUCAAGUUUUGCCGACAAUACCUCGUGUUCCACGAUGACAAGUCGGUGGUCUUCUCCGCAGCCUCAGGAAACUGCACUGAAAUCAAAGGAGAGGUGCUGAGUCAGGAUUCCCCCUCGGGUGAAAUGAAGGCUGUUGUCAGAGAGUGUACAAUCAAAGGAGAGGACAAACAGUUUCUGGAGAUCUGGAGUAAAAACAUGAAGAUGAAAAGCAUCAAUCUAACAGCCUUAAAGAAGCAUGGCAAAGUCUAUGAAGAUGAGCAGUUUGGCUGCUUGGUUUGGUCCCACUCUGAAACCCACCUCUUGUAUGUAGCAGAAAGGAAGAGACCAAAGGCAGAAUCCUUCUUCCAGAGUGAGUCACCGGAGUUGUCUUUUAUUGGGGAUGAGGAGGAAACCAUGAGAGUGGAGAAAAAAGAGGCUGUAAAGGGGGAGCAGUUUGUCUUCUACGAGGACUGGGGAGAGGCACUGGUUGGUAAGAGCCGUCCAGUGCUUUGUGUUUUGGACAUCGAGGGGGACAACGUCUCUGUGUUGGAGGGGGUGCCUGAAAACAUCUCACCUGGACAGGCAUUUUGGGCUCCAGGUGACACAGGUGUGGUGUUUGUGGGCUGGUGGCAUGAGCCUUUCAGAAUUGGCCUAAAGCACUGCCCAAACAGGAGAUCAUCUUUGUUCUAUGUGGAUCUUACUGGUGGGAAAUGUGAACAGCUAACAUCAGGCACAAGUGCAGUGUGCUCUCCCCGGCUGAGCCCAGACCAGUGUCGGAUUGUCUACCUGGAAUGUUCCAUCUAUGGACCACACAUGCAGUGCAGCAGGCUCUGUAUGUAUGACUGGUAUACUAAGAAGACGACAGUGGUGGUGGAUGUGGUGAAGAGACCUGGAGAAGAUGGCUUUACUGGUAUCUACAGCUCUCAGUUGUCCCCUCAGUGCUGGUCAGCUGAUAGUCAGCGCAUUAUUGUUGCUUGCCCUCAGCGCAGCCGCAAGGAUCUGCUGAUGGUGGAUAUGAGCACAGGGAGCGUCACCUCUCUGACCUCAGAGGCCGAUGUUGGUAACUGGUGUCUGCAGAACAUACAGAGAGAUUUGAUGGUGGUCAGCUGCUCCUCUCCGAACUGCCCUCCUAGCCUGAGGUUGGGUUUCCUUCCGGCCAGGGAUUCUCAGGAGAAAAUGGUCUGGGUUACUUUGGAAGACUCUCAGACAAUGCCAGAAAUUGAUUGGCAAAUCUUGACUUUCACCCCUCCGCCAGAGCAAGACAACAGUCAAUACUCUGGCCUUGAUUUUGAAGCAUUGCUGAUCAAACCAAAGGAGAUUGAAGAUGGAGUGAAGCUGCCUCUCAUUGUCAUUCCUCAUGGGGGUCCUCACUCAGUGUUUGUAGCUGAUUGGCUUCUGUCCUCGUCUGUGCUGUGCAGGAUGGGCUUUGCUACAUUACUGGUGAACUAUCGUGGCUCUCUUGGGUACGGCCAGGACAACAUCCUCUCAUUACCAGGCAAUGUGGGCGCCCAAGACGUCAAAGAUGUUCAAUUUGCUGUCGAAAGUGUUCUGAAAGGCGACAUAUUCGACAUGCAGAAGGUGGCAGUUUCUGGGGGUUCCCAUGGUGGUUUCCUGGCCUGUCAUCUUAUUGGCCAGUACCCAGGGUUCUACAAGGCGUGUGUGGCUCGCAACCCCGUCACCAAUCUGGCCUCUAUGAUUGGCAGCACAGACAUCCCAGACUGGUGCAUGGUUGAGGCUGGCUAUGACUACAGUACAGACUGUCUACCUGACCCUGCUGUUUGGGGACAGAUGCUGAACAAGUCCCCCAUUAAACACGUCUCACAGGUGCAGACGCCUGUAUUGCUCAUCUUAGGGGAAGAUGACAAGCGUGUACCCAACAAGCAAGGAAUCGAAUAUUACAGAGCUCUGAAAGCAAAGCAGGUCCCAGUCCGGAUACUAUGGUACCCAGGGAACAAUCACUCUCUCUCCAAGGUUGACGCUGAGUCCGAUGGCUUUAUGAACAUCGCUCUGUGGAUAAUUCAACACUUGUAUCAGUGAUGGUAAACAUCAGAUAAAUACAUAGUGGUGUGCCAACGCUGUUGUGUGUACGGGUUGUUCUGCUCCGGUUUCCAGGACAGUUUGAGAUCCGAUCCAAAGCAUUGUACUUGCUCUCCAACCAGAACACACUUUGUAUUUCUGCCCUCUACUUGUUAUCUAUCUUUGGCGAUGGUGAUUGCUACAAUUUCUUCCAAUAAGUGCAUAGGAAAAUAUAUUUUAACACAGCACUUGAAUAAAAGCAGGUUUUAUGCAGCUUUGAUUAAUCAGAAAUGCAUUUUAUUGAUACAGCUUUUCCUUUUUAUUUUUGCAGUCUUUACACAUGCGCGCACACACACAGAAAAUACUUCUCAGUGUGUAAGUUGUUUGAAGUUAUAUGAGCAAAGGAAAAUAAUAUACAUAUUUUCAUUGCUCAUUGUUAUGGUUUGGUUUUAAAAAUAAAUAAUGAAAUGCUCUUUUGAUUUUAUGGAUUUCAUGACACAGUGCACUUCCUUAUACCUUUUUAUUUAGAAUUUUACUGAAUUGAGCAAGUCAUCCAACAAUAAAAGUUUUCUCUCUGUC